GCGUGGUAGGCAGGCGCCUACAAGUGCGCUGCAGCACUGGCACCGGCUGGGGGCGAGCAGACCUCAAGCAGCCGCCGCCGCCGCAGCCGUUGCGACCGCCGCAGCGGAGUUCAGAGGGCCCUGAGGUGGGAGAGGCUUCCCACACGGUGACUGAGAUGUCUUCCACAGCGGCUUUUUACCUUCUCUCUACCCUGGGAGGGUACUUGGUGACCUCGUUCUUGUUGCUUAAAUACCCGACCUUGCUGCACCAGAGAAAGAAGCAGCGAUUCCUCAGUAAACACAUCUCUCACCGCGGAGGUGCUGGAGAAAAUUUAGAAAAUACAAUGACAGCCUUUCAGCAUGCAGUUACAAUUGGAACUGAUAUGUUAGAAUUGGACUGCCAUAUCACAAAAGAUGAAGAAGUUGUAGUGUCACAUGAUGAGAAUCUAAAGAGAUCAACUGGGGUCAAUGUAAACAUCUCUGAUCUUAAGUACUGUGAGCUUCCACCUUACCUUGGCAAACUGGAUGUCGCAUUUCAAAGAGCAUGCCAAUGUGAAGGAAAAGAUAACCGAAUGCCAUUACUGAAGGAAGUUUUUGAGGCCUUUCCUAACACUCCCAUUAACAUCGAUAUCAAAGUCAACAACAAUGUGCUGAUUAAGAAGGUUUCAGAGUUGGUGAAGCAGUAUAAACGAGAACACAUAACAGUGUGGGGUAAUGCCAGUUAUGAAAUUGUAGAAAAGUGCUACAAAGAGAAUUCAGAUAUUCCUAUACUCUUCAGUCUACAACGGGUUCUGCUCAUUCUUGGCCUUUUCUUCACUGGCCUCUUGCCUUUUGUGCCCAUUCGAGAACAGUUUUUUGAAAUCCCAAUGCCUUCUAUCUUAUUGAAGCUAAAAGAACCAGACACCAUGUCUAGAAGUCAAAAGUUUCUCAUCUGGCUUUCUGAUAUUUUACUAAUGAGGAAAGCUUUGUUUGAUCACCUUACUGCUCGAGGCAUUCAAGUGUAUAUUUGGGUAUUAAAUGAAGAACAAGAGUACAAAAGAGCUUUUGAUUUGGGAGCAACUGGGGUGAUGACAGACUAUCCAACAAAGCUUAAGGAUUUUUUACAUAAUUUUUCAACAUAGAAAAAGAGAUACUUGGACACAGUCAAAGAAAACAUGAAAAGACCUAAGAAAAUAAUAUCUCACCAUCAUUUCCCUAAGCCAUUUCCAGAAUGGUACAUCUUCGUUAAAGGGUAAAAAUACAAUGGAAGAAGAACUUAGAAAUCUGUGAUAUAGUUAAUCUGGCAAGUUAUACAUUGUAAACCGCAGGCAGGCUCAGGAAAAUAACUAAAAGUUGAUUACUUGAUCAGAAAUAAAAUCUUUAGACUGAAUUAGAUUUCUCAGUUGCUUUUAUUAAUGGGGACAUUCUAUUUGAAACCUUUUUCAGGUUUUAACAAUUCUACUCAGUCAAUUUUUUUAAACAUUAAAAAUGGACUCAUUAAUUAUAAAUUAAGGCAAGAUCCAAAUAGUCAUAUUUGUAUGUUCCUCUAAGGAAAUAUAAGAUUUCAAUUUUUGGCAUUGACUAACUGUUUGAACCUACAUCUAGAUUUUAUAUAAUGUCUUGAAUCCUGAUGAAAGUACAUAUCAUUGUGUCUAAUACUUACGGUAUGGACCUUCUAUUUCUGAUCCUUAAAAAUUCAUUCUUCUGAGUGUUAAGUAGAAAAGAAUUUUCCAAAGUGUUAGCCAUCACUUUCUCAGCUUUACGAAUGUGACUUCGUGUAAGUCUCUUUAUAAUCUUUUUUGACCAAUUUUCAUGAUCUCAGAUUGUGAGGUAAAUGUAAUCUGGAAUAAUCAGUGUCUUUUACCUAGAUUUCAUCUCUCAUACGGAGGUUGGAAGCUAAACAGCUAUGAAGGAUGACUGUACUUUCCCAUCUGUCCCUGGAUGACAUAAAUAUCAUUUGCUUUGUUGUUUAAACUGAAAUAAAGUUUUACAAGA